AUGGCGUCGGCGGCGAAGCCCGCACGCGUGCUAGUUAUGGACUGGGACGAAACAAUUACAAGAAAGGAUACAACUUUUUUGGUGGCGCAGGCGGCGUCGGGGCGUAAUCUGGGUCCUAGUUUCUCUCAUUAUACGAAGAUCUACAUGGAUGCUUACGAGAAGUACAAUUCUAAGUGGGGAGCUCGAAAGACGGUUGAAGAAGAAACUGAAUACCAUAGAGGAAUGAGAGAGGUGGAAAUGUCGCUGAUUUCUGCGCUAGAGAGAGAUGGGUAUUUCAAGGGCAUCAGUAGAUCAGAUAUCGCAGCUCAGGCGAAGAAGGUGGAGCUUGCAAGCGGAUUCAGGGAGCUCGUUGAACAUGUACAGAAAAAUCGGCAUCCACUAUAUAUACUCAGUGUCAAUUGGAGUGUUACACUCAUAGAGGAGGCUCUACGAUUGGCAAAAAUACCAGGCAUAAAAGUGCUUGCUAACGAGCUUGAGUUUGAUGAAAAUGGAAAAGCCACCGGUCAAUUCGAUAGAAGUCUUGAUAUACGUACUGGAUACGAUAAGGUGCAACAGCUAGCGAAGAUUAGAAAUUGUCACCCAAACUCUCAAGUUAUCUACGUGGGCGACAGCUCCGCGGAUGUGUUACCUAUAGUCGAUGCUGAUGUCGGUAUCGUCAUUGAAGGGGGACGAGGUAAGGCACAACUUGAGAAACUUGGAAUACCCGUGAGACAGUUAGAAUUUUUGGAUAAAGGCAGGACGUUUGAGGCUUCGUGGGAAACGUUGCUACAUCGAUGGUAA